UUGAUUACUGCUCUGCUUACGUCGGCUUUUAUAUACCGUGUCGGAACUCCGUCGAAUUGCAAAACUCAAAAUUUGGUGCAGUGGUCACUCCAGUGCUUAGCCAUUUUUCUGCUGUACAGUGGCAGUCAACUUCGCUCGGUGUCUUUGGCGAUAAUCGUGUCUUGUAUAGUUGUCAAAUUGGUACCCGUGUGGUUGAUAGAAUUUGUCGCGUAUGCCAAACACAGACUGUUCCCCGAAAAAUAUAGGUUUUUAACGAAAGACGAGUAUGAACAGCAGGGCGUGGUAGAAACGGAGCGCGCUCUCAAUGAUCUCAGAAUCUUCUGCCGCAGUCCCGGCUGCGAUUCUUGGAAAUUGGUGUCUCGGCUGAGAACUCCUGCGAACAGUGCUGACUGUUUUGCAUUCUGUUUGGUUCUAAACGCAAAAAUCAUCGCCAGGUUUGCCGACUUUGUUGCUGGGGCAUCAGACGUCAGCAGCGAUGAGGCGAUGAGGCACGACCACACUGUCUCUGAGGUUAACGAAUUCUGUGCAUCGGGAUCAUAUGAAGAUGACGUACUGACCGACGAAAACGACACAGAUUCAUCAGAAGAUGAAUUCAUUUCUGGUGCUGCUCCCCUGACCAAUCGGUCGUACAACCUUAACUCAACUCGAAGGACAAGUUUCAACUACAGGUAA